AUGAGUAGUAGUAAAACUGAAAAUUAUUUUAAUACUGUUCAAAACACGAUGUCUCUAGCGGCAUCCUUUUCAAAAGGAGCUGCGAAUGUGGCAGACGUGCUAUCUCCAUUUAUCCCAUUAAUUUCAAAUAUUACUAUUCUUGUACGUGAAGUGGUGGAUUUGUAUCAGGCUGCAGAACAUAAUAAACGAAUUUGUCAUUCUUUGCUCGAACGUGUUAAUAACGCUGAAUAUGUCGCCAAAGAUAUCCAUAAUAGAAGAAAAGAAUACGAAGAUGACUUGAAAUCUAAAGAUUUUUAUAUAAAGUUUAAAGGAUUGGUUGAAGUUAUUAAAAGAAUUAAAAUUUUUAUCAGUCAAGUAUCUCAGAUUAAAGGAAUUCGUAAAUUUGUAAAUGCGAAUGAAAUACAAAAUGAAUUCGAGAGGUUGACCCGUGAAUUUGAUAGUACUUUAAGAGAUAUUAGCUUCAGGAUAACGAUUGAUUUACACACGCGAAUAGAAGUUGAUUCCAAAAGAGUGAAAGAAGAUCUUGAUGAAUUGAAACAAUAUCUCGAUAAUAUUGGAGCCGGUAUUACAGACGACCAUCAAAAAAUCAAUGAAAAGCUAGAGGUCAUUAUAGCCAUGAACAAAGCAUGGCAAGAUGAAAGAUUUUUCUCUGCAGAUGAAAUCAUCGACAGAAAUGUGUUAAUAGAUUCAUCAGAGGGCAAAGUCAGGAAAGGAAGAAACGUCGAAAAGAAAAUUUUGACAAGUCAUGGUCAGUUAGAGGUGGCCGCUAAGACAAAAUCUCUUUCGAAAGAGGAAAAUAAAAAUAAAAAAGAUCUCAUGACUCAAGUGGCAAUCUUGAAGAAACUCAAGGAUUGUGUACAUGUGAUUCGAUUUUAUGGUGUUGCCGAAGGAGAGAACAGUUUUAUAUUGAUUACGGAAUGGGCUGAACUUGGCACUCUUAAAGAGUAUUAUCAAAAUUAUGGGCCUCUCGAUUGGCCUGAGAGAAUUAAAAUCGCUCUCGAUAUCGCGCGUGGGUUGACUUUUUUGCAUACUGUUUCCAUUUAUCACCAUGAUAUUCGGAGUGAUAAUAUUUUAAUAAAUGAAGAUAGGCAACCGAAAAUUGCAAAUUUUCAAUUGAGUCGUCCUUUCGCAGAAAUAACUAAUAGAAUGGCACCAACACUAUCAACUGUGCGUUACAUGGCACCAGAGAAGUUAAAAGACAAAGAAAAAGAAUAUACAACAAGAGCCGAGAUUUACAGUUUUGGAGUUCUUUUAUGGGAGAUUGCAGAAGAAAAAAUACCUUAUGAGGGAAUGGACGAUAUUAUAAAAAUACGUGAUUAUGUAUUAAAGUCACAAACUCCUUUGCUAUUUUCUAAUAUGGGAUUAGUCACAAAACCCGAAAUACAGAACACACAGAACAAAUGGAAAAAACUUGUGCUCGAUGCAACGAAACAUGAUCCGAGUUUAAGGCCAGUUCUCACGGACAUCUUUAAAGAUCUUUACGAACUCUAUAAGCCGCACAAACCACAAGCAUCACCUCGUCUUAACUCCACACAUAAAAAAUCCAAUUCAUCUUCAAUCAUCCCCCUAAGUCUGAAUCCACGAAUUCCCGAUCCAGAUAACUGUGAUGAUUUAGCUCUUGAACUAGAUUUUUUGGAGCUGGAAAAUACAUUAUCAGUGCAGGAUGCGAUCAACGAAUACAAAUCUGCUACUGGGGACCAGGUCAAGGCAUAUAAAGCUUUCAAGAAACACAUGGAGCUUGGUGAUGUGCUUGCGAAAUACUAUGUUGGGUAUAAUCUCUAUUAUGAUAUUGUUCCUGACGACCCACCGCUCGAUAAAAAAGAGCGAAUGGAAAAAGCCGCGGCUUACUUCAAGGCAGCAGCUGAAUCGGAAAAUGCUGAUGCUCAGCUUCGAUAUGGUCAUUGUCUAUGGGCUGGAGAGGGUGUUCCAAAGAAUAUCACCGAGGCUAUCAGAUAUUUUCAGAUAGCUGCAGAUAACGGUAAUAUCACAGGAAUGUAUAACAUCGGAAAUAUAUGUUACAAUAGUACGGGCGUGCAUCAAGACAAAACAAAAGGAAAAAGAUAUUUGAUUUUGGCCGCCUUGAAUCAGCAACCUAAGGCAAUAGAAAUGUGUAAAAAAAAGGGGAUAGAAUUGACGGAAAAUUUAGACUAA